AUGAGACAGCACACGAGUUUUAGAGGCUUUGUAAAUCAACACUCUGUAAGGCCUGUGUCAGAGGAGAGCGAUUGUCUGGUCGAUACACAUACAACUCAAGAAUGCCGUCAACUUAAGUAUUCCCAACCAGUUCAGGACAGAGCACUAACUAAUCACGUGAUUAUAAAUAUCAACACAACAAGAGAAGACAUCUGCAACAUCAAAUGUUUCAUCGAGCCAAAUUGUUUGUCUUUUAACGUUGGACCUUUGGACGAUAAUCAUCAAUACUUGUGUGAGAUAAGCAACUCGGAUGAGGUACUGCAUCCGGAAGAUUUGCUGCCGCGUAUGGGAUUUACCUAUCGGGGAACGCAGUUUAGAGAAGACAUCUCCACAUUGAGUCGCAAACACCGUGAAGAAGUCAAGCGACUGGAGCGGACAUUGAACGAAGCCAAAGAGAAAAGCGAACAGACCAAAAAUGCUAACAACUCAAUCAUACAAAAUCUAGAGGGAAAAAUCGUGGAUUUGGAAAACCGUCUGCGUCAACCGUCAGCGGAGUCAGCGGAAGAAGUUCGCAAAUUAAGGACCAGGCUCCAGGAGUCGGAAAGAAGGCUGCAAGAGGCCGAGCAGCAAAUUGAUGAAUUGGAGACUAAAAACGAAUCGUGGAGGCAAGAGGUCUCUUUUUUACAAGAAACUGUUCGACGCGAGUGCGAGGAACGUUUGGAAUUGACGGAUGCUCUGGGUGAAGCGCGGGCUCAACUUCUAGCCCUUAAACGCACUUCCGGUGACUCGAUUUCGCGAAGCAGCCUCAAUUCCUCUAGUUCAAUAUCGUCUGGCAGCCUCACCCGGGGUAGUGCUAAGCCGGGAUAUGACGUCAAUGGACUUAACGACAGUGCCCAGGCCACUUCAUGCGCCGUCGGUUUCGACGGAGGCGUGGGUUAUAGGCCUGGAACUGGCGCACGUGAAACGGGGCGAUCGUCACGUGCAGGGAGCGUGGAUGAUAGCCGACAACGAAUCGCGGCGGCCGUAAGAAGAUCGGGAACGAAGAGUCGUUUGGGUGGAAACUUUAGUAGCUGACAAACCUUUAAGUCCUUGCAGUUAGUCUUAAUUGAGCAGAUAAAAUGUGCUAGCGGAGAAGUCACCAGAGCGACAGAUAGUCAAGAGAGAUCUGAGUGCUGUGAGCUCGCCCUCCCUCCAAGCAUUUUAUUUAAUUCUUUCCCGCUUGCAAUUGAGAGCUGGGGAUAUAUAGCUUUCCCCGAAGAGGAAAGGAUGAAAACAAAACGAACAUUAAUAUAAUGAAAUACAAAACAUAACUUUACGUUUUAGUACUGAGUUUCAAAAAUAUCGUGUUGUUGGUGUAAAUAUUGUACAUAUAGCAGUGUUUUACAUUCUUUGAAACUAAUUUCUGAUAAAUACCGCGUUUCGCUGCGCGGGGAUCGCUUCUGAAUCAAUCUUAGCUGACUGAAUGAAAUAACAAAAGUAAGAACAGCAUGCCUGUUUACAAAACCUGGGGGACAUAUAGUUGAACCAGAAAUGCCAGCGCUUUCGAAGCGGGAGCAACUGGUAGAAAAAUUUCCUUGGAAAGUUUCCCGAACGUCCCAAAACUGUUACAUUUCCAAAAAGCGAACUAUUCAACCGAAAACUCCGGAAAGCCGGGAUGAGAAUCAAAUGGGACAGAAAUUCCCGAUGAGACAUUUUCGGAAAUUUGGCCGGGUAUGCAGCGCAAGGUUGUCCUUUUUUCCGUAAAUUGUGGGAAAUGCUCUUCCAUUCGCCACUGGAAAUUUCCGGAUAUGCAAACGGGAAGUUUUGGUCGAAUGGAAAGCGCCCCUGAUGUUCACAGUAGAGAGAGUUUGGGGGAAUCCGAAAGUUCAUGCAACAGGAAGUCCUAGGUGAAGGCUUACCAAUUAAAAGUACUUUUAAAUGCAGAUAACAUUGUAUUUCUACUCCAGUAUUUUCCGUUUUAAGUCUCGGACCGAGCCAAUAUAUUCUACUCCUCUUCUUCGAUCAAUGUGUUGUGUUUCGACAGAAGCACAAAAAUUGCUUGUAUUUUUUAAGCGUUAUAGGCCCAGGAGUGCAUCAAUACCGUCAUCAUCUUGAUUAGGUCUGAGUUAUAAUUCCCAAAACAUCUAAUCUCCCCCCCUUUUUUCUUGUCCCCUUCCUAUUUUCCAAGAUCGUGCACACCUCGGUUACAAAGAUUUUUGUUUUGGUUUUGUUUUUGCAUUGCUUUGUUUUGUUUUUGUUUUUGUUUUUGGUUUGGUUU